AUGUUCGGUGCGUACCUGCUCAUGGCAACGGAACUGUACCACUUCAUAUGCAAUCCAUUGCACUACAGAAGCAAAGUCACAACAAGACGUGUCAUCAUCGGAAUAGUCUCAGUCAGAGCCUUCGCCUUAAUCUUUGGGAUCGGGCAAACGUUAAUCAAACGACUGCAGAAUCCCUGUGAAAGUCUGUUUUGUCAACCAGAGGCUUUCACCAGCACCAGCCCAGCUGCCAUAUUCAAAAAUGUUUGCAUAGUUGGGGUGCUGCUUGCCGUGCUGGCCAUCAUCAUAGUCUACUACCUCGUCUACAAGGAAGCCAGGAAACAACAGGAGAGGGAUGAGCACCGGAACCUGUGGCUUUACCAGACUAAAGCCUUCAAAACACUGGUACCACAUAUCGUUGUCCUAGUCGUGUCGGUGGCAUCAUACGUAUUUCUGGUUGCCUCGGGCCGGGCUUUGCUCAAUGAUGGAGAAAAAGCAUCAACUUCACUACUCAUAACAGUCAUAGUAGCCAACCGGAUCUUCCUGACGCUAUCGUCUAUGGUCAACCCCAUCGUCUACAGCUUCAGGCACCCAGAGUUCCGACAAGCUCUGGGCGAGCUGUUCAGCCCUACCAGCAUACCUUCGGUGCCAGCGCCAGUUCCACCACCUGUAACGUUACAGCGAAGGCACGACGUGGCCGUUAUCGAGGUUCCCCACUAUCAUGAUAACGAUAGUCAGUGAACAUCAGAUGACGAAAUCAGAGCAGCAUCGCCUUCUCAGCAGAAAAAGAGG